AUGCCAAGGCUCCCGUCGAAUGUGCAGCUCAACUUGCCCCCCAUCUACCUGAGUAUCUGUGGGCCCUCCAUGUAUGAGGACGAGAAGCAGCGCAAAUGGAUGCACCUCGUCAUGGACACAGGAGGUGUCCCGCAAGUACAGUUGCGCCACGUAAACAUACCCAGUGAGCAUAUUGCACUCGCCACCAACCCGCUGAUCUCGAGCACCAUGCCUCCGUUGUGGACGCUCCUCUCUGGCAGCCAGUACGUGGACUCCAUGCUCCAGUUAUGGUGCAUCUUGCACCACAGCAAGGUGGAUGGAGUGGAGGAAAUGAUCCUUGAGCUGAUGGAAGACUCGUAG